AUGGCUGAAGCCGGAAGAGCUAUCAACACUGCUUUCGCUCCUCCACCCCCUCUCUGGAAGCACUUCACGCCUGAAAACCUGCAGAAGCUACAGCGGAUAAAAAAGGAAGCAUCCAAGGGAGAAGAUGGCAAACCACAGAAGAAGGACUGGUCAGCGAAGGAAUUGCGCUCCUUGACACUACCCCCGGAGCUGCGUUUUCUCGUGCCUCCAGAGAUCCCCUCGGAGCAGUACAGUGUCUUCGGAGAAGUGCAAAGUCUUUCGACCGCUCUCCCCCCGCUCGAAGACCAGGGCAUCACGCAGUUAUAUCCGUCUUCCCCCAAACCUGGCGCAGAUGGAGAGCCCGCAUCACAGCCUGAACAGCCGCUGAACCACGCAUACUACCUCCUCAAAAUUAGCAAGUCGCUACUGCUCAACUUUUUAGAGUUUGUUGGGAUUCUCUCCGAAACUCCGGAACAAUUUGAGCCGAAGGUUGAAGAUAUUCGCAACCUGUUCAUCAACGCUCACCACCUACUUAAUUUAUACCGACCGCACCAGGCCCGCGAGUCUCUCAUAAUGAUGAUGGAGGAACAGCUAAGCCACACAAAGGAGGAGAUACAGCAAAUGGACAAACUGAAAGAAGAACUCAAUGCUGCAUUGGAUCAGUUGGCCGCCGAAGGUGCCGACGUGGGAUCUACCAUCCAACCCGCUAUUGAAGACGACGAGGAGGCUGCGAAAUUGAAUAAGCAAGCUACUGAGGACUCCCGGCUGCUCUGGGAUAUUAUUGAUGGCAAGGCCGACAGCUAG